UUUCAACAACAACCGCCAUCCACGAUCAUCUCCCGAUUUGAUCCCUCACGCAGUCGCGCCGGCCUACCGUCCCGAUAAUUACAAUAUCAUACUAUAUACGUUCCAUCUACCGGUAAUAACUAUCAAGAUGGCUACUACCGGCCAGAACUUCUAUGAAUUAUACCGGCGGAGCAGCGUCGGGACCGCGUUAACGGAUACCCUCGAUGAUCUCAUCACGGAGCACCGAAUAGAUCCUCAACUUGCCAUGAAGAUUCUCGCCAACUUCGACCGCGCUAUUACCGAGGUCCUACAGGACAAGGUCAAGGCUCGCUUGAGCUUCAAGGGGAGUUUGGAUACCUACCGAUUUUGCGACGAAGUCUGGACUUUCCAGCUCAAGAAUGUCACAUUCAAGAUGGAGAAUGGUGGACAAGUGGUCUCAGCGGACAAAGUCAAAAUAGUAUCCUGCACCGCGAAGCCUACUGGUAGCAAUAACGCGUAGACGGCAACCCACGUGUCUCUGAAUAGUUCUUGGUUUCGGCGACGGAAGGUGGUCCAAGAUGGUACCCGAAGCAUCCCUCUAUGCACUGUUUUGGAGCUCGCGAUCUCUUUUUCGUGCGUCACGGUAGAACGAGCCAAGGAUUGCCGCCGUUUCCCGCCCUCUGCGAUAAAAGCCGAAGCUAGCAAUCUUCGAACGAAUAUUCAUUGACGGUUAGUCUCGAAAAAAUGAUAAGUUUAGUAGGGGACUAUAAUGCGGCAGUAGGGCGUGGAGUUUUUGUAGAAUUAUGCCUUUUUAAGACGGCCACGGGUUUAUUAGCAUAUGACGGCGUAACGCGUAUACGGCGGGUUUCACGGCGUUUUAUGGGAAAAGGCAUACUAAAUUGUGCAACUUGCAUUACAAUUCGGACUAGGUAUUAGCAUGCGUUUAAUAGAGAAUAUUAAGCCCAUCUACUAAA